AUCCCUUUUUGACUAUUGCAACACCACAACGCAAAAGGAUCCCCCAGAACGCGAAUGAAGAAUAACUGGAAGAAUAUCACGUACAAACCCAACUUUUAAUUCCCGGUGGUCAUAGGAUUAUUUUCUAUUCUUUUACUUCUUCCAAUUAUCCUCUUUAUUCAUUAUUAUUACUAUUGUUAUUAGUUUUCUUAUCAUCUCAAUUUCUGCGGUCUCCUAUAUUUUCUACUUUUUUACUUUCCGUCACCGCCCACAUCUAUAUAGGUAUACUACAAUGACAGCACGCCAAUCAUCACCUACAUCAGACAACUCUCAUUCGGACAACAAUGUUCGCAAGAGGGUAUGUAAGGCAUGCGAUCGGUGCAGACUGAAGAAAUCUAAGUGUGAUGGAGGCAACCCAUGUGGUCGCUGUAGGACAGACAAUGCCAUUUGUGUUUUUGGCGAGAGGAAGAAGGCUCACGAUAAAGUGUACCCUAAGGGAUAUGUUGAGAUGCUCGAGCAACAACAAGCGUGGCUAGUGUAUGGGCUUCAAGAGCUAUAUCGACGUACCACUGAAGGAGAAGGGUGGCCUGGGGAACCAUUGAAAUGCGAAGCCAACGGCCACCCCCUCACUCACGACCUGCUCACCCGGUUGGGCGCUUUGGACCAGAGCAAAGGCGAGCGUUUUGAGGAAAACACCGAGUCUAUGCAGCAAGAACUAUGGAAGCAGAACGCAGGGCAUAUGCAGCGCCAGGACUCGUCAGACGGCAGUUCAGAAAGCGCACAAUCGCCCAUUCUUCCCACCCGUUUCUCAGAUGCAUUUGCGCGACAACCACUUACUCCACCUACUUUCAGCCCUCCUUUGCGGCAAGGACCUACAAUCAAGACGGAGCCUCAAGUUGUGCCAAAUACACCUAGCUUCAUUCCACCGAUGGCUAUGCACGGGGACGUGGUCAACCCUCUCGCAUUACAAGAUCCACAACAAUGGUCGAAUAGCCUAGGGAGUUUCGACGAUAUGGACCUUAUGGCGACUGCCGAUUACAACAGCCUGUCAUUCGAUGACCCAGUCUCUUCUCCGAUGUUCAAUCGCCAAAUUCCAAUGAAUUGCAUGUCGUAUAUGGAUGCAAAGAAUGACUACGAAGAUAUUAGUCAAUUUUUGAAUGCGAAUCCACCGGAAAUAACGUCUAGCUGAGCCGCACAUAUCGACGGAAAGUUACGCUAGCGAAGCAUGGCUUUCUUCUGCUUCGACGAUACUUGCAUACGCCUAUGACGUGACGCAUGUACACUACACAUGUUUUUUCUUCGAUUUUCUGAAUGUUGUGGUUUCUAACUGAUGUUAUUUCUGGGCGGUGGCUCUGUUUACGAUAAGGUUGAAGGGUCCAUCCCACUGUA